CUCACACACUCACUGUCCUUCUCUCUCUCUCCUCUUUGCUUCUUCAUCUUCCUUUCUUUCUCUCUUGUCUAUGCCUUUUAGAUUCCCUAAACCCAUUUCCUCUCUCUCUCUCUCUCUCCCUCUCUCCCAACAGAAUUCUCUCUCUAUACACACGCACGUACACGAGUGAUCAAUCUUCAGAUGGGUUCGUGUGUCUCCUCUUCUCACAACGACAGGAGCUACUCCGCCUCUGAUUCUGCCGCAAAGCUUGCGGCUUUAAUCUCUAAAUCCGAGACGAUCACAACCACGACAUCGCCGGUCAAGAAUGACGUCAUGAUCAGUGGGAACUCUCUGAUAAUAGAUUCCGGCCGUCGGGGUUCAUCAGGUAAUAAAGAGGAGGUGAUGUUUUUCGAUUCAAGGGGGUGGCUUGAUUCUGACUGUGAAGAUGAUUUCAUGAGCGUUGAUGGUGAGUUUACGCCUUCGCGAGGAACAACACCGGUGCAUCACAAAUUCUCUGACCAAAGUACUCAGAAAGCAAAAACAGAUGAGAUAAAACAUGAAGAAGAACUGUCCCCGACCGACAACAAGAAGAGACUCCUCGAACUAUUCAAAGAGACACAAGAAGAAGAUGAGGAUGAAGAAGAGGAUGACGUGGCAGAAGGCAAAGCUAGAGCAUGUCUCUGGCUAAGAACACCGGUCAGAUCCUCUGCGCCGGCGACUCCUUAUAAUAUUAAUGACAGAGAAAGAAAACAACUCAAGAGGGUGAGAUCGGAGGCUCACGGCGGCUGCAUUCUGCGUUUGGUAUCUUGUAGCAGCUUCACUGAGCGUCGACGGAGGAUGAUGAAUCAUACACCCAUUGACGUCCAACGCUAAUAACACCCAAGAAGACAAAAACAGAACAACUUAAUUAAACUACUACUAUACAUUCUGUUUCUUAAUUUGUCCCUUUUUUUUGGUUGUCUUUUCAAAGGAUCGAACAAUGUUCUCAUUUCAGCUCAUAAUGAUUAUUACAGUUGUAACGCA